CGCAUAUAACUUUCCGGGUUAAAUGAAAAUGUCGUAUUUUACAAACCGGCUUCAGACAGCGCAUGCGUGGAAAUUUGUUUAGUUGCAUGACUUGUGCAGAAAACCGAUAAAUUUCAAAGAAAAUGAGUUCCAUCGGAACAGGAUAUGAUUUGUCCGCCUCACAAUUUUCACCAGAUGGCAGAGUAUUCCAAGUUGAGUAUGCUUUGAAAGCAGUAGAAAACAGUGGAACUGCCAUUGGAAUAAGAGGAAAGGAUGGGAUUGUAUUUGGAGUUGAGAAGCUUGUAACUUCAAAACUUUAUGAAACAGGGGCCAAUAAAAGAAUUUUUAAUAUUGAUAGACAUAUAGGAAUGGCUGUUGCAGGGUUAUUAGCUGAUGCAAGGCAGAUUGUAGAAACUGCUCGAGAAGAAGCUGCAAGUUACAGAUCAAAUUAUGGCACCCCUAUACCACUUAAACAUCUAACAGACAGAGUAUCAAUGUUUGUACAUGCCUACACAUUAUACAGUUCAGUAAGACCAUUUGGUGUCAGUUGUUUAAUGGGUUCAUAUGAUCCCACUGAUGGUCCAGAGAUGUACGUUAUAGAUCCAUCAGGUGUCUCAUUUGGAUAUUAUGGAUGUGCAAUAGGAAAAGCAAAACAAGCAGCAAAAACAGAAAUAGAAAAAAUAAAGAUGAAAGACAUGUUGUGUGUUGAUCUUGUAAAAGAAGUAGCAAAAAUAAUUUACAUAGUUCAUGAUGAAGUGAAGGACAAAAAUUUUGAACUUGAAUUAAGUUGGGUUGGAGAUAUGACUGGCGGUAAACAUGAGCUUGUUCCUAAGAAUGUUUUUACAGAUGCAGAAAAAUAUGCCAAGGAAUCUCUGGAGGAAUCAGAUGACAGUGAUGAUGAGGACUUGUAGAAAAUACUUUGUGAUACAUUUAAUAUCAUUCUACAUACAAUAUCAUCACUACUGGACUUUGGUGCAUAACAGUGCUAUUGCUGAACGUUAAAAUAUUUGUGUACUGAAUUAUAUUUUUGAGAACUGGCUGCAGGAAAAAGAUUUUUGAAGAUGACUUUUGAAAAUUUCCUAUUUAUCCACUGCAUAACCUACUUCUGAAAACUUUUUCUAUACAUCCACUGCAUUACCAGGGAAUUUUCUAAUUUAAGUUUUGCAGGAUGUCUACAAUAUAUGAGAUAUAAAUAAAAUGAAUGUCAUCAGCCUUGUGUAAAGCCUGUAUAAUUUGUUGUAUAAUGACACAUAGUACACAUAGACCAAAUAAACAUAUUCAAGUAUUUUGAGGUUAAUUAACAAGCAUAUGUUAAUAUCAUUUGAUAUUUUGUUUACCAAGUUAUUUUUCAUGGUAUAAAUCAUUAUUGAUGAAUAAAAGUGCUUAUUAUGUCA